AUGACGAUGGGCUCGUCCUCGACCGUCCUCCCCGCGACGACCGACCACAGCUUCUUCUCCAAGCACCUCUCCUCGACCUCGGCCUCGCACCCCAUCGUCGCGACUCCCCAGCCCCCCAGCGCUCCGCCCCCACCUCCUACCCGCGCGCCCUCGACGCCCCCGACACGCGACCUCGACGCGUUUUCCAAGCGCAAAUGCAGCCCGAAGAAACGACGCGUCUCGCCGUCGCCUGAGCCGAAUCCUGCGCCCAAAGCGACACCUGCACCCCCACUGCGUCAGCGUCCGCGGCCACGAUCCAACACGUCCCUCGCGCCGUCGCUCCCUGGACCAUCUCGCGGCUCGACUCCCAGCACGCGGGCGACGUCGGUGCCACCACCACCACCACCGCGGGAGUGCUGGACCGAUGAAGACGGAGAGCCAAGCGAGGGCUUUUUCAGCUCGGAAAAGGCAGUGGUCCGGUUGAUGAAGAGGCGAUAUAUGACCUACUUCAUAAACCCCAACGACCCACACGACAAGUCAUUUGAGCCACAUGAAACCAACUACCCAGUCGCUACUCUGGAAUAUCCCAAUAAGAACGCUUGUGAGAGGUAUAUCCUACUUGCUCCUCGAGACAAGGACCAUUAUAAUCCCAUAAUGUGUUUGGAGUCUAGCCUCUACACCAUGAUUCAGCACUACCUAACCCCAGAGCAGGCUGAGCUCCUCGGGUCCAUUCCUAAGGAGGAGAUUCGCGGUGACGAUGCUGACGAUUCGGACUCGGACGAUGAGUUCUCGCGUGAGCCUCUCUGCCCCUUAUCCGACGCAACCCCACCUCCGUUGUCCCGACCAUCUACCCCGGGUUCGAUCAAGAGCUGUUCCUCCGGCUCAUCGGUCCACUCCACCGAAUCUUCUCUCUCUGGAGCGUCGUCCCUCUCCUCCGUCUGCGCUCUGUCUUGCUACGCCAAGCGCGACUCUCCCACGGACGAGCCGAGAACGGACCACCUCCGCCUCCUCCGACGCGCCAUCAAGGAACGCGACGGUCCCCUCUUUCUCAAAGUCGUCGACGCGAUCAACGCCCUCCUCCGGCUCUUCAAGCACCCUCCAGCUCCGGUCGAUCCGUUUGACGAGCCGCGCGAGCCAAUGCACGCCGUCGUCCGCUCCUGGCCGCACAUUCCGGACGGCGUCGUCAAGCGCAUGGUCGAGGAGGUCUACCAGCGCGCGGUCGGCCCUCGCAUCAAGGAGCUCAAGCGCUACGAAGCCUUCUCCUCCGAGGUGUACGGCGAGCUCAUGCCGCCCUUCGUCGACGACAUCGUCCGCGCGACCGGCCUCACCGCCAACUCGCUCUUCCUCGACCUCGGCUCGGGCGUCGGCAACGUCGCGCUGCAGGCGUCGCUGGCGACAGGCUGCACGAGCUACGGGAUCGAGAUCCUGCCGGGGCCAGCCGGUCUCGCAAGUGCGCAACUCGCCCAGUACGCGCACCGCUGUCGGAUGUGGGGCGUGCGCAUGGGCAAGGUCGAGCUCGAGCAGGGGAACAUGCUCCAAAGCCCGCACGUCGACGCGCUCGUCAAGGAGGCCGACGUCGUGCUGGUCAACAACAAGGUUUUCGACGAGCCGCUGAACGAGGCGCUCAGGCAGAAGUUCCUCGACCUCAAGGAGGGCGCGAUCGUGGUCUCGCUCAAGUGCCUGAUGGGCUCGGAGCGCAACCUCGACGACAUCGGGGAGAUCUUCACGGUCAGCGUGCGGCGGUACCACCCCGGCUACGUCUCCUGGGGCGGUGGCGGCGGCGAGUACUUCCUCCAGCGGAUGAACCGGGAGGACUACGCGCGGCGCAAGACGCAGUUCGAGAAGACGCGGACGCGGACGAGCGCGCGGGCGCGGCGGUGGACCGGCCAGGACCUAUAUUAG